UCCCGCUCUUUUGAUCACGCGCCGCGUCUCCGCAGUGCAUUACGGGAACCAAUGUUACAGCAAUGGCCGACCUCGGAAAGUGAAAAUUAAAAUAGAAGAUUUAACUUAUUUAUGCUUGGUGUAGAACAUUACAACAGAGAGAAAUGACAACCACUGCUAGUGAGAUAACUGUUCAGAGUCAGGCAGGCGUACAUGAUGUGGAAGCUCUUGUGCAAGCAGCUGUCAGCGUGCUCACCAAUGAUAUGCAGAUUGCCACCCAUGACCAGGGUCAGGUAGUUCAAGAUGCAGAGCAUGGUACGGUUCAACUGCUAGUGGACACCUGUAACAGUAACAACAUUCAGGAGCGUCUGUAUAUGUGUACUGACUGUAACCUUGCCUUCUAUGGGGAGCAAGGAGAGCAGGAAUGGCAGUGGCACCUUAAACAACACAAACCAUUCAAGUGUGAUCUCUGCUCUGAAGCUUAUGAAGAUAAAGAAUCCCUGAAGACACAUGUGCGUACACACUCUAUACAGAUGCCAUUUGUUUGUGACAAGUGUGGAUCUGCAUACAGCCUCAAGUCGAACUUAACACAGCACAUGAAGUCACAUGAGGAUAAACUCUACCAGUGUGGAGAAUGUGAAGUCAUCUUCAAAUCACAGGCAAAUUUGGAGAAACAUUUGAAGCUGCACACAGGUUCCCUGAAUGUGUUUGCUUGUGAGACUUGUAACAAGACAUUCUCCCAGCAGAAAAAUCUGGUACAGCACAUGAAGAUACACCAGGGUAAUGUGGGAAAGCAGUUCAAAUGUCCCGAGUGUCCUGCAGCAUACAGCUAUAAAUGUCACCUUUCCAGGCAUCUUAUUAUACAUACUGGAGAGAAACCUUACAAAUGUAAGUUCUGUGGAAAAGCAUUCAACCGUAAUGCCCAUUUGAUCCGACACCGAAAAAUGCACAGUGGGGGUGAAAAAGAAUGGAAAUGUCAACAUUGUGGCUUUGCAUUCUGGGAAAAGGGGGACCUUAUCCGACACAUCAAGUCACAUGAAGGAAAUCGCCCACUCAAGUGUGACUUUUGUGAACAAACAUUUGUAUGGAAGCGUUACCUCCUUAAACAUUUAAACAACCAUCACAAGGCGGAUGAUAAACAUUUCUGUAAAACAUGUCUAGCUUGUUUACCCUCGGAGGAAGAGUUAGCACAGCAUGAGGUAACACAGCAUGCAAACAGGAGACCUCUUACACAUAAAUGUGAAAUAUGCCAGAUGGAGUUCCAUUUCAAGUAUAAGUUGGAUGAGCAUAUGUUUCAGCAUACAGGAGAGAAAGCACAUGUCUGCGAAAAAUGUCCACAGAAGUUCGUAUCUCGCAAAGACCUUGACAGACACAUGCUAGAUCAUCAACAAGAAGUUUCGUUUCGUUGUAACACAUGCGAGAAGACAUUUUCUACCAUUGAUGAGCUGCAGACGCAUGUUAAAUUGCAUACAGGUAAUGCCAAAUAUUCGUGCUCUCUUUGUCAGGCGUCAUUUCGUUGGAAAAGUCAGCUUACAAGUCACAUGGUCGUUCACUCUGCAGAUCGAGAUUUCAAAUGCACAUUCUGUGCAAGGAAAUUUAAACGUAAACGAGACCUUAUUCGUCAUGUAAAGAUUUAUCACGAUACCAAGCCACCAUACACAUGUACAGAAUGCAACAAAGAUUUACAUUCCCCAUAUAACUUGAUGCUUCACAAGACAGAAACCCACUGGAAAGAAACAGACGUUGAACCAGGAAAAUUUCCAUGCAUGAAUUGCACAGGAGUUUUUGGGCUCUUCACUGAUCUACAAAAACAUUUAGAAAAAGUACAUCCACCAAGACCAAAUAUUUGCUUAUUGUGCAUGAAGAAAUUUACUCUUUUCAAAUUUUUGCAGAAACAUUUUGAAAUGAAGCAUGAAGGUAUAGAAAUGGUAGAUGGCACAAAUUAUGAAGUAAAAGAAGAAGAGAACAAAAUGCAAGUUCUUGAGAAUGUAAACAGUGAAAAAGCUGAAGUACUUCAUGAAAUGGAUGUUGACAACAUAGACAAUAACCAGCAGUAUGAUAUCACUGAAAACCAGAUGGCAGAAAACCAAACCAUUGAGGAUGUAACAAAUAAAAAUGAAAGUGACACACAAAGCAUGAUAAGCAUAGCUGGUAUGGAUCAGCAAGCAGUUGCCAGUGAAACAUAUUCUGCAGAAAAUACAGCAUCCUCCAGUGCUACCGGAAUGACCGUUCCAAUUCCAGAAGCAAUUACUCUUGCCCAAUUUUCUCAGCAAGGUUCAGCAGAUGAUAUAAUUCCAGUGUUUUUACAGGAAAAUAAUAGCAUUGUUCAGCAGACGCCGCAGGUUUUACAAGAGAUGACGCCAGUUCCAGCCGUUUCUUCCAUAGCUUCAAAUUACAAAAAUAUUGUACAAGUUCUGCAGCCACAGAUGGUCUCUCUAUCUCAACAGCAGUUAGCAUCAAUCUCCCAGUCAUCUGUAGUCUCAGUUCAGAAUGUCAUCUCCAUGUCGCAGCCACAUGUUGUUUCCAUACCACAACCACAGGUCAUGUCUGUUUCACAACCGCAAGUAGUCACUAUACCUCAACCUCAGUCUACAUCAGUUCAUCAACCUCAGAUAGUAAAAAUACACCCAGCCCCGGCUUUGCAACAAAACGUGUCUCAGGCUAGUACACCAGCACCUGAAGCAAACAAACCAACAGUUGCAACACCUGUAAAAAUUCCUUUGAUAAACAAGGCGCGUCAAGGAGGACAUAUAGUAGUACAGCAAGGUAGAGGUCCAAAUAAACAAAUCAAGAUUAUAUCAAUGGACUUGAAUUCAAUGCAGACGCAAUCUGUGCCAAUCAAUCAAAUUGAGUCAUUGCCGGGGGUGUCGCUGCACAGACUAGAGGGUCAGAUAGUUCCUAACACAUUGAUUUCUCAGACUGAACAACCUUUGGUACAGGAUGAAACUGGCAAUGUUGAUCAUCAAGCAACUCAGUAAAUCUAGCUUCAGGAUUUAAUUUUAGGUAAUCUCUAAAUGCAUGUACUUUCAUAGGGUUAUAUUUUCCAUACUAUGGACACAUUUAUAUUUUUUGAAAAUUAAUAUCAAGGAAACUAAUUCCAUUUGGUUUGAUUGGAGCAAAAUACUUUCAGUCAAGUCAUACGUUUGAAGCACAUGUUGAAGCAUAUGUUCACUGUGGUGAAAACUUCUUUGCUGAUUUAGCCUAUAGGUGGUUAACGAGUUUUGUAAUAUUUAUCUCCCUUAAUAUAAGUGGCUGACAUUUUAGGGGUUAGAAUUCAGGAUAUGUACAGUCGGCAAAAACAUUUAUUUAAUAGACAUGGAUGGACACCAUGUCAUAUUCCUUCACACUUGUAAAAGUAACAUAAGCACAUCAAUACAAAAGGGUUAUUAUAAUAGUAGUUGAUCUGGGAUGCUGUUUUUGGCUUGUGUGGAUUUUGCCAGAUUUGAUUGCACAAGGCAUUCAAGCGACAAGUGUAUUCAGACUUUGCAAAAUCCAAGAGAGCAGAAUACAAAAUUCCAGAUCUAGCAACUAUUAUAAUGACUCUUUCAUUAUAUACCUCCACCUUUUUGUUUGUUGUUUUGUUAUGGAACAAAAUCAAUGUUUGUGGAUGUUAAAAUAGAAAUGAGUGAAGUUUUUGUGUGCGCUAUUUCUAGAACUGUGUCAGGUCAAGCAUAUUAAAUAAAAAGUAGUCCGGCAACAUUUAAUACAAAAGGUACAAUACGGAAGUUUUUCUGCUAGUUCAUAUUUACUUGCCGAUUUUUGACAGAAUUUAUAUAGGUAUAUAAUAAAAAAAAAUAUUUAUCAGUAAACAGAAUUCAACAGCAUUGUGAGAAAUCCUCCUCUGGUCAGGAAUGACCCUCAAAAUGGUGACCAGAGGAGAUACAUGUGCCAAGUGAAAAUAUUUGUUCCUUUUGAUUGGUUGUACCUUUUGACUGGAUGUGGAAAAACAGGUUUGUCCAGAAUCUAGAAUAAUU